CGCGGCGCGCAGGCCGGAGGGAGGAGGCUCGGCGCGGCUCGGCGGCGGCGGCAACGUGCUCCGCGGGCGGGCGGGAGGGCUGGCGGGCGGCCCCCGCUCCCCGGCUCCGCGGCUCGGUGCAGCCCGCGCGGCCCCCGCCCUCGGACCCGCCCCCGGGGGUCGCCCGGCCCCAUGCCCAGCGGCGGCGGCGGAGCAGCGCGCGGCCGCGGGCGGCUCUGAGGAGCCCGGAGGGAACCGGCGACGAGGGGACCAUGUACCGGGACCCGGAGGCGGCCAGCCCAGGGGCGCCCUCGCGCGACGUCCUGCUGGUCUCUGCCAUCAUCACCGUCAGCCUUAGCGUCACUGUCGUCCUCUGCGGCCUCUGCCACUGGUGUCAGCGCAAACUGGGCAAACGCUACAAGAAUUCCUUGGAGACGGUGGGCACGCCAGACUCAGGGCGUGGGCGCAGUGAGAAGAAGGCUAUCAAUGAUCUAGACAGAGACUUUUGGAAUAACAAUGAGAGCACAGUGCAGCAGAAAUGGAGCUCCUACCCUCCCAAGGAGUUUAUUCUAAACAUUUCACCCUACGCCCCUUAUGGCGACCCACGACUGUCCCUCAAUGGCACCCUCCUGUCGGGCGCCAAAGUGGCCGCCGCGGCGGGGCUGGCGGUGGAGCGGGAAGGCCGGCUGGGGGAGAAGCCGGCGCCGGUGCCACCACCCGGAGAGGACGCCUUGAGAAGCGGCGGGGCUGCCCCCAGCGAGCCGGGCAGCAGUGGCAAGGCCGGGAGAGGCCGCUGGCGGACGGUGCAGAGCCACCUGGCCGCAGGGAAGCUCAACUUGUCCAAUUUCGAGGACUCCACCCUGUCCACGGCCACUACCCUUGAGUCUAUCCCCAGCUCCACGGGAGAGCCGAAAUGCCAGCGACCCCGCACCCUGAUGCGGCAGCAGAGCCUGCAGCAGCCGCUGAGCCAGCACCAGCGGGGCCGGCAGCCCAGCCAGCCCACCACCAGCCAGAGCCUGGGCCAGCUGCAGGCCCACAUGGCCUCGGCGCCGGGCCCCAACCCCCGGGCCUAUGGCCGGGGCCAGGCUCGGCAGGGCACCUCGGCCGGCUCCAAGUACCGGGCGGCGGGGGGCCGCAGCCGCUCCAACCCGGGCAGCUGGGACCACGUGGUGGGGCAGAUUCGAAACCGAGGCUUGGACAUGAAAUCCUUCCUGGAAGGCCGGAUGGUGGUGCUAUCCUUGGUCUUAGGGCUUUCGGAACAGGAUGACUUUGCCAAUAUCCCUGACCUGCAAAACCCAGGAACCCAGCAGAACCAGAACGCUCAGGGGGACAAGAGGUUGCCUGCAGGAGGGAAGGCGGUGAACACAGCCCCGGUGCCAGGCCAGACACCCCACGAUGAGUCUGACCGCCGGACCGAGCCACGCUCCUCUGUCUCAGACCUCGUCAACUCCCUCACCAGCGAGAUGCUCAUGCUCUCCCCAGGCUCCGAGGAGGACGAGGCCCACGAGGGCUGCAGCCGAGAGAACCUGGGCCGGAUCCAGUUCAGCGUCGGCUAUAACUUCCAGGAGUCCACGCUCACCGUGAAGAUCAUGAAGGCCCAAGAGCUGCCGGCCAAGGACUUCAGCGGCACCAGUGACCCCUUCGUCAAGAUCUACCUGCUGCCUGACAAGAAGCACAAGCUGGAGACCAAGGUGAAGCGGAAGAACCUGAACCCCCACUGGAACGAGACCUUCCUCUUUGAAGGUUUUCCCUAUGAGAAGGUGGUGCAGAGGAUCCUCUACCUCCAAGUGCUGGACUACGACCGCUUCAGCCGCAACGACCCCAUCGGGGAGGUGUCCAUCCCCCUUAACAAGGUGGACCUGACCCAGAUGCAGACCUUCUGGAAGGAUCUGAAGCCAUGCAGCGAUGGGAGUGGGAGCCGAGGGGAGCUGCUCUUGUCUCUCUGCUACAACCCCUCUGCCAACUCCAUCAUCGUGAACAUCAUCAAAGCCCGGAACCUCAAAGCCAUGGACAUCGGGGGUACAUCAGACCCCUACGUGAAGGUGUGGCUGAUGUACAAGGACAAGCGGGUGGAGAAGAAGAAGACGGUGACGAUGAAGAGGAACCUGAACCCCAUCUUCAAUGAGUCCUUCGCCUUCGAUAUCCCCACGGAGAAGCUGAGGGAGACGACCAUCAUUAUCACCGUCAUGGACAAGGACAGGCUCAGCCGCAAUGACGUCAUCGGCAAGAUCUACCUGUCCUGGAAGAGCGGGCCAGGGGAGGUGAAGCACUGGAAGGACAUGAUUGCCCGUCCCCGGCAGCCCGUGGCCCAGUGGCACCAGCUGAAGGCCUGAGUGGGGCCAAGGGAGGCCCAGGGGGCCGAGGGCCCGGGUCCCCAUCAUGCCCUCACCACUUUAUGCACAACGCCCAGCCUGAGCCCCCUGCCAUAGGGAGGGGAGGACCCUGAGGGCUCAGCCAGGGAGGGGUCCCAGGACUCAACUGGGCCCCGUGUCUAGGAAGUACCAGCCCCGUCCCCCACGGUCCAGCUUGGGGGAAGGGGCUCUGGGAGGCAUUUUCCUGCUUUGCCCCUUUUCUUCCUGACUUACUAAUACUAAAGAAGUUGGGGGACCUCGAGAGCCAGACGGCCAGACAGGCAGACCCCUCCAGAGGCCCGCCAGGUGGGCAUGGUCCCCCGUUUUCUUUAAGGCAGCACCUGGAGUGGAGAGAGGCCACUCCCUGUCCAGCCCCCGAGGUGGACCCAGGGGAGGGGAGGCUGAGGCGUUUGGCCCCAGUCUGGCCAGGAGAGGCCCGUCCCCAGGGCAGUUUCAGGUGCCAGCUGGGCCCUGAAUGCCGAAGACAGUAUCUAGCCCGCUCCUGGGUCCUGGAGCCGCGGCCCUUUGUACUUGUGUUGUGUCCAUUGUGUGUGUGCGUGGGGACAGAGGCCUGGAAGUGCGGAGGACUAUGCGGAGAAGGCAGGUUUCGUGAAGGCCAGGCAGGGGUGGAGGCCAGGAGUGUGAGAGGAGAGGCCCGUAGGGCUGAGUGGGGUAGGGUGAGGCAGAGGUCAGGAACAGAAGAGCGGCAGAUGCUGGAGCUGGGCUGAGAGCUGGGCUGCCUCCUGCCAUCCCCCCAUCUCCUCCCCUUCUCCCCUUGGUGCCCCCUUCUGCUCAGAAUCUGAAAUAGCUCCUUUUUCAGCAAUUUCAUCUCUUGAACACUGACUCACACCUUUUAGGCACCUACUGUGUGCAUAGCAUUCCACCAGGACUCAUCUCCCUUCCUUCUCAAGGGGUCCUGAGCCCUGACUAGCUUUGCCCUAACUCCUUCAUCAAAAGACCCCCCGCCAGCUUCCCACACCUCAUACGCAGCCACAUCUGCCCUAUUCUCCAUGCUUUCCAGCUUCCCUGCCCUUCCUCGUCUCUCCCUGCCUGUGCAGACCCCCACCCUUCUUUCCUCACCCCUCCAUCCCCCGAUGCUUGUAGGCCUUCCAUUCAUUCCCUCUCAUCGUGUGUAGUCUCUGAUCUUCCAUCACCUGAUCUUCUCCAGGACUGUCUUCCCACCCUCCCCACUCCCUGGUCCCCGGGAGCAGCUCCUUCUGCCUGGCUCACUCAGUGCAGGGAAAGGAGGCAGGGAGAAGACGAAGGUUCUGAGAGUUCUGAGGUUGCCACACACAAAGAAGCCGUGGUUUCUCUGCCUCAGCCACUGAUGAGACUAGAACUGGCUUCCCCCUGGAGAUGGCAGAUUUCAGGCUGAUCCCUGCUUAAGCCCUCUCAUCCCCACGCUGGUCCUGGUAUUGAUAAAAGACCCAGCUGGUGACAAAGCCUCCAAACCUGGGGGUCCAUGAGCCUGGGCCUGACAUUCCCAAGAACCACCGCCAGGUGGCGUCAAGCCCCCACAGUCUGUGGCUUGGUCAGCCCACAGUUCCACCCUGGAUGGGCCUGUGACACCCCAAAGAGAAGAAGGGGACUCUGGAUAGGGUCCCCACAUCCAGGGCGUGGGGAGAGCAUAGGCAUUUGGGAACCAUUUUCCUUUGGUCGGCUUCCCCUUGAGCUGAGCAUUCUGCUUGCUGCAGUAGAUGGGUCGCCUUUUGCCCAUAGCGAAAUUUUCUUAAAUUGAAUCUCACACCCCCACCAUUUCCUCUCCCUGGGAUCUGGAAGAACAUCAUACAUAGUAGGUGAAUCGUUUUGUAGAGUGAAGAAUGCUAAUGUAAAGCAAAUAGUCACCCACGUUCCUUGUAAAUCCAAAUGUUCCUAUAUUGUAGCUUUGCUUAAAAUGGGGUCGGCCCCAACUGCACCCUCCUCUUUGGCGGGCUGGGGAGCGGCCCCCAGCAGGGACGGGAGGGCAGCGACCCCGAGGCCACGUGGAUGUGGGAGAGGGCGUGGUGGGAAGUUUUGAGUGGAGGAGGGGAUCUGCCCUUCUCCACCCCUCCCUUGGAUCCGCCUCGGUUUCCUGUUCCCCCACCACCACCCGCCUGCCCCGCGGAAGACUGCCCAGUGAGCGAGCCCCCGCCUCCCAGGCCCCUUCGCCUGCUAGGGAGGCCCCUGGGAAUCCAACCAACUUGUAUCGAGUGGGCGGGGCAAUGGCUUCACCUUUUCCCGAGCCCCGCCCAUGGAGCUCUUAGCCAAUCCUAUGCAGAGAGCAUCUCCUGGCAGGGGUCUUUUCCCAACCAGACCCCAUCCAGGCACAUUGGCGACCAGGCUUGGGCUUCCCCAGCCCCCCCACGUGCAGGUGGAGCUCUGGGAUGCUAUGUCGGGGCGGCAAGCGGUGGGCCAAGGGCUGAGUAGGCUAGCACGGGAGGCAAGGGUGGUAUGGGAUGGGGCAGGGGUGGUCUAGGGUGAUAGGAGAGCAGGGAAUGGGGGAACUUGAGGGUGGGGGGAGGGCACUUGGAGCCCUGUCACCAUCCCAGGACUUUGGGCAAGUCACCCGCACUCCCUGGGCCUCAGUUUCCCCAUCUGUAAUAUGAUGGUAAUAAUACUUCACCUACCUCACAGGGGAGGUUGUGAGGCCACCAUCACCUGACCUGAGGGUCAAGAGAGAAGGUGCUACCCGUGAGCAAAGUGUAAUUAGCGAAUCCUGACAGCAAGGCCCACCUGCCCCUCCCCCACAGAGCCUCCAGAGCUAGCCGAGGCCAACCCAGGCCCAUCUGUCUCUUCACUGUGUCGCAGGCCCCUUCAUGGGCCUCAUCUGCCAUCUUUGUGGGUGCCCUAGACUUAGUCCUUAUCUUGUCCUGGUUUCCUUUCUUGUGGCCAUCUCCCCACGAAACUGCUGUAUAAAUUCCACCUGCCCCAGGACCCCCACGCCUGCCCUCCGGCACCAGAUGCCAGGGAAGGGACAGAGGAAAACAGCCACAAACAAGCCAGGGGCCUCCCCUGAGUCCCCCAGGGGUGGGGAUCGGUGGCCACUGUUUGUAUGUCCUUGAGUGCAAAUGUUUUAUAAAAAAUAAAACAAAAACCCACCAUCACCAAAAAAAAAAAAAAAAAAAAAAAAUUU